AUGAGGGAAGAUGAGUCCAAUUGGUUCUCCAGGUGGGAAGAAGAGCUUCCUUCACCUGAGGAGCUCAUGCCCUUAUCCCAAACCCUAAUCACUCCUGAUCUUGCCUUGGCCUUUGACAUCAGAAACAACAACCCCAACAACCCAAGUAGCCCCCAAAACCAACAACCCCCACAACCUCCUCAGCCACCACAUACCCCUCCACCUCCUCCUCCUUCCUCCUUGCCUCCCGCCACCCCGACCCACCCCAACUCCUCUGCCGAAUUCGCCGAUUCUGCCGACCUGGGGUCUGGUGCGGGCGGGGAAGAGCCCGCCCGCACGCUCAAGCGGCCCCGCCUCGUGUGGACCCCACAGCUCCACAAGCGCUUUGUGGACGCUGUGGCACACUUGGGGAUCAAGAACGCCGUCCCCAAGACCAUAAUGCAGCUCAUGAGUGUAGACGGCCUCACCCGGGAGAAUGUUGCCAGCCAUUUGCAGAAGUACCGUCUCUAUCUCAAGCGUAUGCAGGGUUUGUCCGGCGGGGGCAGCGGAGGCGGCGGAGGCGGAGGCGGAGGAUUGGCAGCCUCCGCAGACCCCGCCACCGAUCAUUUGUUUGCAAGCUCGCCGGUUCCGGCUCAUUUCCUGCACCCGCAUCCCGGGGGAAGGCCCAAUUCGGAGCAUUUCAUGCCCUUUGUGCCGGUGGCUCUGCAGCAGCACCAUCACCAGCAGCAACAGCAGCAGCAGAUGGCUGCGGCUGCGGCAGCGGCGGUGGCAGCCCAUCCCCAGUAUCACAGGCAGGUGGGGCAUUUUGGGUCCCCACCAAAUGGCCAAUUUGAGCAUCCAUUCUUGGCAAGGCAGUCGUCACAGCCAGUUCAUAGGAUGGGGGCGCCACUGCAUAAUCCAGUGCCAGGAAGCUAUGUAGAGGACUUGGAAUCAGCUAAUGCAACUGGUGGCAGGAAAGUUCUUACUCUGUUUCCAACUGGGGAGGAUUGA